AUGUCUGCAGACCAGAUCGCACGCGCCGGGGUUCCGGGCGAUUUCGAGCAUCCGAACGAGAGUCUUCGUCGGUCGAUUAUUGUCGCGCUGUAUUUCGCUUUUAUUCUGUCGACUGCGGCUGUUGGGGUGCGUCUUCUUGCUAGACGGCUGAAUGGGACCGGGCUCUUCCUGGAUGACUAUCUGAUUCUCGUUGCUUUGCUGUUCAAAUAUGGCUGUUCAAUCGGAGUUGUCAUACUGCUGUUCAACGGUCUGGGGUCUCACAUCACAAUGAUUCCCAAGGAGAAGCUGGAGGUCUAUUUCAAGAUCGGAUGGUCCAAUUCCUUCGUCUACACGAGCUGCGUCGCCUUCAUCAAGUUGUCCAUCCUCGCAUUGUACAAGCGGCUCUUCUCCACGAAACGCAUGGUCAUCGCCGUCAAUGUCGUCUCCGGCAUCAUUAUCCUCUGGAUGCUGGCCAUCUGGAUCGUGGGAGCCCUGCAGUGCAUCCCCGUCCGGAAGUUCUGGGACCGCAGCGUCGAGGGCGCGUGCAUGGAUCCAGUGCCCUUCUACUACGGCAUGCAGAUCCCGAACAUCAUCACAGACUUGAUCGUCCUCGCCAUGCCGAUGAAGACGGUCUGGGCUCUGCCGAUCUCGACGAACCAGCGGCUGCUGCUGUCCGUGGUGUUUAUCGUCGGUGGGCUGUCUUGGGUCUUUGAUAUUGUCCGCCUGGUGGAAAUGAUCAAACUCACCAAAGCUGGCCCAGAUAUCACCUAUAACCAAAUCCCCAUGGUGGUCUGGACGUGCAUCCAGGCGGCGACCGGCAUCACAGCCGCAUGUCUCGCACACCUUCGACCGCUGUUCAACGUGGCUCAGCGGCGGUUUAAAGACCGUCUGCAUCGCCAGGAAACCGCGCAGUCGAGCAAGGAACUGCUCGACAAGGGGUUUUCCAGCGAAAGCACCACUUACGAGCUAUACCACACCCAGCAUAGCAACGUCUAG